AUGCGGAGGCAUAGUGUGUCCCGCGUCCUCAACUUCCUUAUAUGGUUAGCCUACUUAUCGGCCGACUCCGUGGCCAUUUUUGUUCUUGGACAUCUCGCAGUCCAUGCAAGCGGCUCACACCAUCUUCUUAUCUUCUGGGCGCCAUUCCUCCUCCUCCACUUGGGAGGGCAAGACACUAUCACCGCCUUCUCUACGCAUGAUAACGAGCUCUGGCGACGCCACUUGUUAGGAUUGGUCACACAAGCAUCUGUGGCUGGCUACGUCAUCUCAAUAUCAUCUUGGCAAAACAGACUACUCCUAGCUGCCACAGUGCUCAUGUUCCUGUCUGGGGUUUUCAAGUACAUCGGGCGUACCUUUUGCCUUUACAUGUCUAGACCAGAGUCUUUCCGGGGUUCUAUGGUGCUUAAUUUGGAUAAAUAUGUUAACGGCAUAUACAAUGCACCAUAUUCUGAUGGGAGGUAUUCCUGCGAGCAAAUACUAGUGCAAAGAUUAUAUGAUAUGAUGCUUAACAAAGUGAGGCUACCGCCCCUUCACGGUUCAAACAUAAUGUUGGAUAGUCCUCUGAAUGAUAUGGCUACUAUUGAAGGUGCACAUAUCAUACCGGACUUGCUACAUGAGCUCAAAUCCAGCCCCAACCGCUUCGGAGCCUAUGUUUAUGUAAGCAAACGGCUAGUUCGUUCUUAUGAAGCCAUCUACACCAAGGCUUUCCUUCAUUUUGCCUGGUCUGUGACUUUCAAAGCAGUAAAGGAUUACAAUAAAAAAACAUUAGCCACAAUACUUCUUCAUAUUUUUUCAUUCCUAUUACUCUUCCCACUUAUCUCGGCCUUGGUGACAUUAAAGCUCUUCAUGGAUGCCGAAAAGGCCCAACUCUACACCCAGACUGAUGUCACAAUCUCCUACAUAUUACUCAUAGGAGCUACAAUCCUCGAGGUGGCAUCUCUCUUCUUGUCCAUUCUUUCCUACUUUGCAUCUGAAGAAGCAAUAUCUUGUCCGCCUGUAGCUUGUUUAGCUAGCUAUAUUCACCCCGCAGGCGGACAUAGAAAACACUGGUCCAAAAUGCUCUCACAGUAUAACAUCAUGGAAUGGUGUGCCAGGCAAAAUGCUACAUGCAUGGAUUUAUGCAUGGAGUUAUGCAAUAAGUCACUACUAUCACAAUGGAUUGACAAGACAUAUUCAAGAAUCGUUGUCAGUGAAGAUUUGGAGGAGCUUGUCCUUGGCAAGUUGAUAGACUUGGGAAUGGGGGAUAAAAAAUGUUGGAACUUUGCUAGCUUCCGGGGACAGAUAGCGCUCCGGAGGUGGACUGCUAUGUGCACGAUCAUUGAUAGUGCUGACUUGCCAACAAGUGUGAUGAUCUGGCACACUGCAACAGAGUUAUGCUACUACGGAUACGAUAGGAGCAAUAAUUAUCAUCAAACUAACAAGAUGAAGGUGAGCAGAGAGUUGUCAAACUAUAUCAUGUACCUUGUCUUCAAGUGUGAUGUGAUGCUUAGAAGCAGCUCCAAGCUCAUACAUAGCAACACCUGCAAGGAAAUCAAUGAAGCUGGAUCUUUUCCAUUUGAAAUAUUUGAACGUAACCUAGAAAGGCGUCAACAAGCUGCUACAACAAUCCGCGUGGACAUUCCUAGUAGCAGCAGCAACAAUGAGCCGAUAACUCAAGUGCAACUUUUGAAAAACAAUAUAAAGGCUCUUACUUGUCCGGUGUUGCCUCGUGCAUGUACAGUGGUGGGCGAGAUGGGUGGCAUGUCUGCAGAUGACCGCUGGGACCUCAUCGCGGAGGUAUGGCUAGAGAUGCUUUUCUACAUCGCACCUCGAUGUGGGUCGGCUUUCCAUGCCCAACAUCUAGGUACCGGUGGGGAGUUUGUGACGCAUGUCCUUCUGCUCAUGAAGUUACUAGGCCCUUUUCUACCACCGCCAGAUGCUUAA